AUGGCGUGGCGGGACGCGGCCGACAGCAUCCGCGCGGAGCUCAACAACCUGGAGCUGACGCGGGAGGACGACGACGCGCGAAGCAGCGUCACCGUCGCCGGCAAGGUCGGCGGUGGCGGCGGCAAGGAGAAGAAGCUGCUGCUGCGGCAGCAGUCCACGGCCUCUUGCUCGACGGUCGAGGACGGAGCGACGGCGUCGGUGAUAAGCGGCAGCGAGGCCUCUUCUUUCGCGCCCUCCUCGACCUGCUUCUCCUCUACGUCAUCGUCUUCCAGCAGGGCGGCCCAGCACGGCCGGGAGAGCCAGCGGAAGGCGAUCCUCCGCGCCGGGUUCCGGGACCUGGUCGGCGUGGCGGGCGACGACGACUCUCGCUUGCUGUACCUUUCGCUGGCGGUGUUGCCCGACGGCCACGAGUUCACGGUGAAGGACGCGGCGGUGCUGCUCCACGGCGACGGCAGCGCUCGGUGCGGCGAUGGCAUGGCGGCGGCGUCGGCGGCGGUGGCGGGGGGAGACAAGGGUGGCGAAGAACGGGAGGAGAAGGCGGCGAGGAGGGUGCUCAGGGUCCUGGAGGCGCGGGGCAUCCUGACCGCGUCCGGGGGACGGGGAGGGAGGAGGAAGAGCACAUCGUCGCCGUCGUCGUUCCGCAUGCACGAGGCCCACUCGGGGUUCGCGAGGGAGAUACUCCUGGACUGCCCGAAGAUCCUCGGGUGGGCCGUCGGGAGGUGGGUCGGCUUCCUCUCGUCGCUCGACGCCGUGCUCUUCUUCGACCCGUCCGCGCUCGCCCGCCUCUGGUCGGCGGUGGAAGACGUCGGGGGCAAGGGCUGGCGCGACGGGCGGCCGUACGAGACGGCCCUCGAGGCCAUCGACAACUACGACCCCCUCUGCCGCGUGUGCCUGGUGGCGGUGGCCAAGUUCCGGAGCGCGGAGGGGGACUGGGACGGAGCGUCCCUGAUGUGGCGACGCCUCCUGACGGUGGAGCAGCGGGCCCAGGAGCCCAACGUCAUGUACCCGGUAUGGGAGCUGGUGAACGCCGCGGAGAAGGGCGGGAAGCCGGAGGAGGCGGCGGCGUGGCGGCGGUACGGCCGCGAGACCCUGAACCUGGCCAUGGCUGGGCGCCUGAAGGAGGCGGAGCAGCUGCUGAGGCGAGCUCUCACGAUCGAGGAGGCCAGGCUGGGCGAAGACGACCCUCGGGUCGCGCGCACGCUCUUCCACCUGGGAGUGUGCCUCCGUGUUGCUGGGAGGCUCGAGGAGGCCGAGGAAGUUCUCUGGCGGGCCCUGGACAUCGAGACGGCGGGGCGGGGCGCCGAUGACCUGGUCGUCGCCCGCACGCUCCACGCGCUGGGCCUGUGCGCCAAGCUCUCGUCUCAGGGCGGCGGCGGCGACGGCGCGCUGGAGGAUGCGACCGAGCUGUUCGCCCACGCCCUGGCCAUCAGGGAGGCCAAGCUCCAGCCCGACGACGCCUCGGUUGGGCAAACCCUCUUCGAGCUGGGCGUGUGCCUGAGGCGCGACGGGAGGGUGCAAGAGGCGGAGGCGUUCCUGAGGCGGGCCCUGGGGAUCAAAGAGGCGGCCGCGGCGCUCGAAGCGGAGGGAGGCGUCGCCGCCACCGGCGCCGGCGGCGCCGGCCGGGCCUUGAGUCGCCGCAGCAGCAGCGGCAGCAGCGGCGCCGGCAGCAGGGGCAGCAGCGGCAGCAGCAGCAGCAACCGGAACGGCGUCGACGAGGACUCAGUGGGGCUGGCCAUGUUCCAGUUGGGCGUGUGUGUCCUGCAGGGCGGCCGGCGGCUCGAGGAGGCGGAGACGUUGCUGAGGAACGCUCUCGACGUGGAGACACAGAGGCUCGGCUCAGAGGACGUAUCGGUUGCGCGUAUCGCGUUCCAGCAUGGGGUGUGCCUUCGUCGUUCGGGGCGGCGGGAGGAGGCGGAGAGGGUGCUCGGCGAGUGCGUCGAGACCCUCGAGGCUAGGCUGGGGGCGGCGCACGAAGAAGUGGCCGCGGCGAAGAGCAUGUUGGAUUUGUGCGCGGCGACUGAGUAG